AUUUAAUGUGUUCUGAACUAUUCAGCCCUAGUGAUUACCACUAUAAAAGCACAAGUGUUCAAUCAGGUCAUUUGCAGUUGGCUGUCACGAAUGAGCUAAACCUUGAAGAUGCUUCUCUUUCUUUACACACUCCUGCUUUUCCAUCACCUUCACACUAAGGCUGGAAACACUCUUUGCCGAAUAAUGGGAGACCCUCAAUAUCCACUGCUUUCCACAGAUGGAGACAUAACUAUUGGAGCUCUUUUUCCAGUCCACAGCACAGAAACAUUGCCUUCAUUUGAAUUUACAAAACAACCUCAGCUUCUAUCAUGCUCCAGUGUGUACCUGAGAGAUUUUCGUCUGGCACAAAUCCUGAUCUUUGCCAUUGAGGAGAUAAACAGAAGUGUACAAUUGCUACCAAAUAUUUCAAUUGGUUAUAGAAUCUAUGAUACCUGUGGUUCAAGACAGUCUACCAUGAGUGCAAUUAUGGGACUAAUGAAUGGUCAGGAGUUUGGAGCAGGUGAGAGAUGUAAUGGACGGUCUCCUAUACAUGCAAUCAUUGGUGAAUCAGAGUCUUCUGCAACAGUGAUACUGUCCAGAACUACGGGACCUUUUAAAAUUCCAGUGAUAAGUCACUCAGCCUCAUGUGAAUGUCUCAGUAAUAAGAAAGACUACCCAUCAUUCUUCAGGACUAUGGCUAGUGAUUACCAUCAGAGCAGAGCACUUGCUUAUCUAGUUAAGGACUUAGGCUGGUCUUGGGUGGGAGCUGUGAGCAGUGACAAUGAAUAUGGAAACUAUGGAAUGUCCAUAUUUCUGAAAAUAGCCCAAGAAGUGGGGAUUUGUGUAGAAUAUUAUGCCAAAUUCUACCGAACAGAGGCAGAAAAUCUCCAUAAAGCAGUGAAUAUGAUUAAAAAAGGCACAGCAAAAGUAAUUGUUGCUUUUGUUUCACUUCCAGAAAUGGGCAUACUUGUUGAUCAGUUAAGCAUUGAGAACAUUACAGGACUCCAAAUGAUUGGUGUGAAAUCAUGGAUAACUGUAAAAAGUUUCAUCACUCCAAGCAGCUUUCAUGUGCUUAAAGGGUCAUUGGGGAUUGCGGUGAAAAAAAUCAGUGUUGAAGGCUUUGCUGAAUAUGCCAUUAACGAAUUUUGGAAAAAAGGUUUUCCAUGUUUAAAGAGUGAGGUUAAUUCAUCUCGAUAUGCAUUAAGUUGUAGCAGAUAUGAGGAUCUCUUUGUGCUAAAAUCAAUCAGUGAGGAUGUGCCUGAACAAAGAUAUGCAAGCUACGUGUACAAAGCAGUUUAUGCUGUGGCACAUUCAUUACACAGUCUAUUCAAUUGUAAAGAACACGAAGGUUGUGAGAAAGACCUGACAAUACAACCACAGCAGGUUGUUGAGGCUUUAAAAAAGGUCAAGUUCACCAUAAAAACAGGGGAUCAUGUGUGGUUUGACAGCACUGGUGCCGCUGUAGCCCAAUAUGAUGUUGUAAAUUUACAGCUGGACUCAUAUGGUUCAACACUUUUUAAAUCAGUGGGAUACUAUGAUGCUUCAUUGCCCCCUGAACAGCAGUUUGUGCUAAACACUACAAACAUCAUUUGGGCUGGAGGAGAGAAGGUGAGGUCCGUGUGCAGUGAAAGCUGUCCUCCAGGCACCAGGAAAGCUACACAGAAAGGAAGACCUGUCUGCUGUUAUGACUGUAUUCAAUGUGCAGAUGGAGAAAUUAGUAAUGAGACAGAUUCGAAUAAUUGCAAACAGUGCCCAGAGGAAUACUGGCCUAAUACUGAGAAAAGUAAAUGUGUGUUAAAGAUUGUAGAGUUUCUUUCAUUCACAGAGCUUAUGGGCAUCGUGUUAGUUAUUUUUUCACUGUUUGGGGUAACAUUGACUGUAUUGGUGACCUUCCUGUUUUACAGCAAGAAGGACACUCCUAUAGUAAAAGCCAACAACUCAGAGCUGAGCUUCCUGCUCCUCUUCUCACUGACUCUGUGUUUCCUCUGUUCACUCACUUUCAUUGGCCGUCCCACUGAGUGGUCCUGUAUGUUGCGUCACACAACAUUUGGGAUCACUUUUGUCCUCUGUAUCUCUUGUAUUCUGGGAAAAACAAUAGUGGUGUUAAUGGCUUUCAGAGCUACAAUUCCAGGUAAUAAUAUGAUAAAAUGGUUUGGUCCUGUACAACAACGACUCAGUGUUCUUGCUUUUACGCUUAUACAGAUUCUUAUAUGUGUGGUUUGGCUGACAAUUUCACCUCCAUUUCCAAGCAAAAACAUUAAAUAUUAUAAAGAAAAGAUUAUUCUUGAGUGCAGUCUGGGUUCUACUAUAGGUUUCUGGAUUGUUCUGGGCUAUAUUGGCUUGCUAGCUGUCUUGUGCUUCAUUUUGGCUUUUUUGGCUCGCACAUUGCCUGACAACUUUAAUGAAGCAAAAUUCAUCACAUUCAGUAUACUCAUAUUCUGUGCAGUAUGGAUCACAUUUAUUCCAGCGUAUGUCAGUUCUCCUGGAAAAUUGACUGUAGCUGUGGAGAUAUUUGCCAUUUUAGCCUCGAGCUUUGGCUUACUUUUUUGCAUAUUUGCACCUAAAUGUUACAUUAUCCUGUUCAAGCCUGAACAAAAUACAAAGCAACAUAUAAUGGGAAAAACAAUAUCCAAGAACUGAGAAAUAAACUAACAUUUUCUCUAGAUUGUUGUUUUUUUUUAUUGAUUAUUAAUUGACAAAAUGUGUCCCCCAAGUCCUGUUAAUUAAGUUAACCAGGCAAUUUAGGUUAAUUAGUUAAGUCAUUGGAUAACAUUGGUUUAUUUUGUAGCCAAUCCAAAAAAUAAUGGGGGUGGCAUGGUGCCUCUGUGGUUAGCACUGUUGCCUCACAGCAAAAAGGUCACUGGUUCGAGUCCCAGCUAGGCCAGUUGGCAUUUCUGUAUGGAGUUUGCAUGUUCUCCCUGUGUUUUUGUGGGUUUCUUUCAAGUGCUUCGGUUGGUCAUAGUGAAUGUGAGAGUCUAUGAGUGUUUCCCAGUACUGGAUUGUGGCUGGACGGGCAUCUGCUGCAUAAAGCAUAUGCCGAAAUAGUUGGCGGUGGCAACCCCUGAUAAAGUGACUCAGCCGAAGGAAAAUCAUAAAAUUAAUAUAUAAAAUGGGUGUUACGGUACAUAUAUUUGUCCCAGACGGUUCGAGGCUCGCGGUUCUGUUUACCUUUUCCCACAACAAAUACAAUCAGUCCAGAUGUACAGUGUCUGCUAGACAGAAAAGUUCACAGCAGUGCAACAACUGAAGAGCCAUUUUCAAAGGAUGCUUGAUGGUGUCUGAAAACAUGACAGCAGUUUUCGGUAGUUGUUCCGUUAUUUUGCCAUUGUCAUCCCAACUUUCUAAAGUUUUUCUGAUUGGUCCAUCCACUGCAUGGAAAUUGACAAGUAUGUAUGACAAAUGAGGACUCUUGUGGGUGGAAACUGAAAUAAACAUGCGGUGCUGCAAAA